UAUAAAUUUACGCCAUUUGUAAGUAAAGUAAGAUUAAUCAAAGAUUUUUCCUCCGCCACAUGUAUCAGAGAAUUUCAAGACAGAUGCUGGAUUGCUCGGGAACUGAAUAAAGUGAAUAAGGAAAAUUCAGCGUUAUGUGAUGUUUCAGUCCAGAAUCUAUUGAGACAGUUGGAGAAUCUAUUGAGACAGUUGGAGGAAAUGUGAUGUAAUGUAACAGAACUGGACGUGACAGGACACAAAGUUAAUGAAAUGACAUCAUCUAUAGAGGCAAAUAGAGAAAAUAUUACAUCAUGUAACUGACCAGAAUUUGUAUGCACAAUUUGGGGUCAAUGUUACAUCAUUUAAGUGAAUGCAAUAGUUGUGAAUUAGAAACAACGUAAAUCAGUUCACAAUAACAUAAUCUAUAGAGACAGUUGGUGUCAAUGUUAACAGUCUAUAUGGACAAUAGGAGGCAAAUUUAUUUAAGUUAUUUAACGGAACAUAAUCUUGAGGCAAAGAAAAACAGUGUUUUGUUAUAUACAGAAUGGAUGCUAUUAUUGGAAAAGUUGGAAACAAUGUUAUUUUAUGUAACCAUAGUAAAAUUGGGCAGAUUCUAAAGGAGCAAUUCUGAGACAGAAAGAAUUUAUUUAUUUAUGAAUAUUAAUUCUAUGAUAAAAAGCAAUUAGUUUAAAGUUGCUGUUUAGUACAACUCAUUCUUUUCGCAUAUUUAACUAACAGCUCUAUUUAAUCAGCAGCUCACUCUAAUUGUGUAUUUAAUUAAGUGUAAGAAUUAUACAUGAUUUUACUGGGUGGAGGUGUAAGUGAAUUCACAAAAUAACCUACCUGUUAGUAGUUAGUUUUGUUUACAACAAAACCAUGGAGGAAAACAAUAUUGAAAAACAAACCACUAUAACAGAACCUUUAGUGCUUCCAUACCUGUGUGAAAUGUGCAAAACAACAUUUCCCGGCAAAGAUGCAUUGGAGACGCAUAAGUGUGUUUAUCAAAAUGCUUUAUUUCAAAUUCAGUGUGAAAUAUGCCAAGCAUAUUUUUCAAACAAAGAAAAAUUAGAGGCACACAAGUUUGUCCAUCAAGAUGUUUAUCUUCAGCAUCAGUGUGGAGUAUGCAAAGUAUGUUUUUCAACUGCGAGAAAGUUAAAGAUACACACCUGCCACAAGCUUUUUCAUCAAAAGGCUUAUUUUCAGUGUGAAUUAUGCAAAGAAUAUUUUUCAACUGGAGAAAAUUUAGAGAAACACAUGGCUGUCCAUCGAAAUUCUUUUCUUCAAUAUGAGUGUGAAAUAUGCAAAGUGCAUUUUAACAGCAUUAAAGGAUUAGUGAUGCACAAGCCUGUUCAUCAAGCAGAUGCCCUUCAGUAUGUAUGUCAAGUAUGCAAAGCUAAUUUUUCAAACGAAAAUGCUUUAGAAAAACACCAGGCUGUUCAUCAAACAUCUGUUCUUCAAUACGAGUGUAAGAUAUGUAAAAUAUCAUUUACACACAAAGAAAUAUUAGAAACACACAAACGUUUUCUUCAUAAUAUGCUGCUACCAUACGUGUGCGAGAUAUGCAAAACAUCAUUUUCGAAUAAAGAUGCAUUAGAUAAACACAUAAAUAUUCAUAAUUCUGACAAACUUCCUUACUCAUUUGAAAUACGAAAAGAAUCGUCUUCAAACAAGGCAACAGAUGCUUGCAAAGAAUUAUCUUCAAACAAGGCAACAGAUGCUUGCAAAGAAUCAUCUUCAAACAAGGCAACAGAUGCUUGCAAAGAAUCAUCUUCAAACAAGGCAACAGAUGCUUGCAAAGAAUCAUCUUCAAACAAGGCAACAGAUGUUUGCAAAGAAUCAUCUUCAAACAAGGAAACAGAUGCAUGCAGUCGUGUUCAGCAACAGUUUGAGUGUGAAAUAUGCAACACCUCUUUUUCAAGCAGUUGUACUUUGGAGAUACACAAACAACAGUACCAUACUACAGUUCUUCAAUACAGAUGCAAGGAAUGCAAAACAGCCUUUAUACAGAAAGAAGCGUUAGACAAACACUUGAGUAUUCAUGGAGAGGAACCUGCUAACCAGUGUAAAGUUUGCAAGAAAUAUUUCUCACAACUUGAAGAUUUAGAUUCUCAUAUGCUCACUCAUACUAAUCAGUGUGACCUGUGUUUUAAAAAGUUUACCUCACAUAGACAGCUUGUACGGCAUAAGCUCAUCCACACUGGAGAAGGAUUAUACGAGUGUAAAGUGUGCAUGAGAACGUUUACGAUAAUAUACGAAUUCCAGAGACAUAUGACUAUUCAUGAGAAGCGUCCGUUUAAUUGCGAGUUGUGCUUAAAGACAUUCACUCAAGAAGAACAGUUAACGAGACACAAACUUGUUCAUGUUGAGAAACAGUACAAAUGUGAAAUAUGCACGAAAACUUUCAAAAUAUCAUCAAGUUUAACUAGACACAUGCACGUUCACACUGGUGAAAGUCUUCAUAAAUGUGAAAUAUGCAUGAAAAAGUUCAAAAAGUCAUCAAAUUUAACUAGCCACAUGCGCGUUCACACUGGCGAAAGUCUUCAUAAAUGUGAAUUAUGCAUGAAGAUAUUUUCAACGGCAAACCGUUUAACUUGGCAUAUGCGUAUUCAUUCUAGUGUUGGAGAUUUCAAGUGUGAUAUAUGUAUGGAAACAUUUCACACAUUGAGAAAAUUAACUAGUCACAUGUUGACCCAUACUGCGGAUGGAAUUUACAAGUGUGACACAUGCAUGUUAACGUUUAAGACAUUAAAAAAUCUAGAUAGUCACAUGGUCAUUCAUAGAGAUGAAGGACACAAGUGUCGUAUAUGUAACAAGUCCUUUGUACGCUUGUCGGCUUUACAAAAACACAUGUCUGUACACUCUGAAGAACGUUCUUAUUUGUGUGAAAUUUGUAGUAAAUCUUUUGCAAGGCCUUCAUCAUUGAAACUACAUCAGCAAAUACAUACAAGUUUAAGACCACACGUGUGCCAGAUCUGCAGGAUGUCUUUCAAAACUGUAUCUGGGUUACAAAGCCACAUGGACACUCAUACAAUAGGUCGCCCAUAUGAAUGUAAAAUAUGCGGAAAAAAAUUUAAAACUAAAACUACCUUAUUUGGGCAUAGGCAGAUUCAUUCUAGAGAAAACAUGCAUGAGUGUGAUAGAUGUAAUAAGUCUUUUACUUCGGCAUUUAAUUUAAAAGUACACAUACGGGUUCAUACUGGUGAACGUCCUUAUAAGUGUGAUAUGUGCGACAAAUCUUUCCGGGUUAGCAGAGGUUUAAAAGAGCACAAACAGUUUCAUUUAAAUGAACGUCUUUACCAGUGUGAAAUAUGUGGAUUAUCAUUCAAUUUGCCGCAAUGUCUUUUGAGACACAAACGUGUUCAUUUAAAUAAUCGACAGUACAAAUGUCAUGAAUGCGGUAAAUGUUUCAUAUUAAGUAGAUCACUGAAGAUUCACAAGCAAUUUCAUUUGGGUAUUCGACCAUACCAAUGUGAUGAAUGCGAUAAAAGUUUCAUAACAAGUAAAACGUUUCGAUACCACAAGCUUAUACAUGCAAAUGUUCGACCAUACAAAUGUGAUAUAUGUGGUAAAUGUUUCAUGAUACGAACAUCAUUGAAAAGACACAUGUGUAGCCAUAGUUCUGUCCGACCAUAUGGUUGUCAUCUGUGCACUAAAGCUUUUAAAUGGAAGGAUGGACUAACAAGGCAUCGACGUCUUCAUCAUGAAAAAGAGUUCCCAGAAGUUAAAGUAAUUAAUUAGAAUAAGAUAAAGACAUUAAUUAACCAUUUGAAUAGACAAUUUUAAUGAUUAGGAAGUCAUUCUUUUUACCAAUUACAUGUAUCAGUACACAUGGUACAUGUGUACUGCUUCUUUGUUACAUUGAGGUUAAAGUUUUAUGGUAAGCUCAAUUUUCUGCUGAACUGCUUUACAAUCAAUACCACAUAUGGAUAGGUCUUUGUAACAGGCAGACUGAGUGAUUUGGGAACAGGUACCUGAAGGAUUAAUGUCAACGGAGUAAGAAUUUGUAAAAGUGUUAGUUAAAGGUUACAUGUAUGUGAUGCUUUCCAGAUUCACAUUUAUCUAGAAUAAUAUUUCUUAUAAAUGGUAUCCCUCUUACCCCUCCCACUCUUAUGAAACCCCUCCCACACUUAUUAUGAAACCCCUCCCACACUUAAACCCCUCCCGUCUUCACUGGGCAUUGCACGAAAUAGGGUAUCCUAGUAUGUUCUUUACCCUCAUUUGUUGUAAUUAAAUAUGUGUAUUUUACUAAAUAUUUAUAAUAUCAUAUGUAUGCCUGUUGUCAAACAAAAAGAAAGAAACAUUUGAGCUGUGCCAUGGGAAAACCAACAUAGUGGGUUUGCGACCAGCAUGGAUCCAGACGAGCCUGCGCAUCC